CCGAUCUGAAACACCGCCGUGCUUGCUUCCCAAACACGUUUAUGCAACCUCCCUUAAUUUGAUCAAACAGAACUGAACAUGGAUUCAGACGCAGCUUUGUUGUUGGAGGCUGCUGAUUUUGCUGCGUUUAAACAUCGCGAUCAGAGACGCAAAGAUACAAACUCAACCCCCUACAUUAACCAUCCCAUCGGAGUAGCGAGAAUCCUCAGCCACGAAGGAGGAGUCACAGACAUCAAGGUUUUACAGGCUGCUUUGCUUCAUGACACAGUGGAGGACACCGACACCACCCUUGAAGAACUUGAAGCAAAAUUCGGGGAGGCCGUGGCUGGCAUUGUCCGAGAAGUGACUGAUGACAAAAGUCUACCGAAGCAGGAGAGGAAGCGUCUGCAGGUGGAGCACGCACCUCACUGCAGCCCACAAGCCAAGCUGGUGAAACUGGCGGAUAAACUGUACAACCUCAGGGACCUGAACCGCUGCACGCCUGUGGGCUGGAACACUGAGCGGGUCCAGGAGUACUUUGUUUGGGCCUCUGAGGUGGUGAAAGGCCUGAAAGGAACUAACUCUGCCCUGGAGGGGAAGCUGGAGGACUUGUUCAGAGAGGCAUUCAACUCUGAUGGCAAAGCCACACGUCUAUACUGUUAAAAUGACAACUCAAAUGCACCUUUAUGAGUGAGCUUCAGAAAAAAAAGAAAGAAGUGUGAAUGUACUGUCUGCUGCACUGUCAUUUGUAUUAUUGUCAAAUUUUUAAAGUCAUGCAAACCAGAACAGAAAAUUAAAAGAAUAAAAACAUAUGACAUUUCUUU